AUAGGCGCAUGCUUUAUACGUCAUCACCAAAGACCUUUCCUGUUCCUCGUGUCAUAACAUGGUCGUCUUUGAAUUGAGUAAUCUGGCAAUGACAUCAACCCGGCUCCGGCUGAAUUAAAAGUGUGAAUCGAGGAUUUCUUCGCCGAAGCCAUGCCUCGCUACGAGCUGGCCCUGAUCCUGAAGGCGAUGCAGCGGCCGGAGACAGCGGCUGCUCUCCGGCGGACAGUGGAGACUUUGAUGGAGCGGGGCGCGGUGGUGAGGGACCUGGAGAACCUGGGGGAGAAACUGCUUCCCUACAAGAUAACCAAACACAAUCAGAGACACAGCCGAGGGGCUUAUUUUCUGGUCGAUUUCUACGCAGCUCCCAGCAUCCUCACAGGCUUACUGGAUCACCUGCACCGUGAUGUGGACGUGGUGAGGCCCACUGUGCUGAAGAAAGACGCCGAAGUUUCCAGCAGUAACUGCUGUGGCCCCCAACAGUGAUUGAAUGGUUCACAGCUCCUUUCCAGAAGAUAUACAGUGUGAUGCUUCCCUCUUUGACCUUUUCCAUAGUUGUCGACUUAUAUUUGGAUGUUAUGUCAUAAUAAACUACUUUUUUUUCUAUCUUA